CCACCUUCCACUUCGGCCACGGCAAGCAUCCAUUGGCACUGGGCCAGUUGCCCCCUACUCAACCCGGCUGUUGCCUACAGCGUACCUUACCUUACUCUGUGCACCAGCCUACCAAGGUGCAUGUGUUGGGUUAUGCGGUGGCAACCUAGCAGUUCGUUUUGCGACGCGCGCAUCGAGGAUGCCGGCCAUCACGAUGUCUUUGGAAUCCAUGGCCGCCGGCGGAGUCGGGCAGGACGGCGGCAGCGCUGCGAGCAGCGCGCCUGUGCUUGAAUUCCAGUGCCUCUUUACCUACGACCUGCGGCGCAAGCAGAAGCGGUGGCAGGACGGCCGGAUUCGCUACCACACCUUCAACAAGCGCGUCAUGGCGUAUGACGACCGCGGCAAUUUUGUUGGCGACAUGCACUGGCGCGGCGACUAUGAUUUUGACGAGGGCGAAGAGGUCAAGCUGGAGCGCGGCGGCGUCAUUGUCCAGGUUGCCGAGUGUGUCGGCCGCCACGAUCAGGAUCUCUCUGAGCUUUUGGACAAGCGCGUCAAGGAGAAGGAACAGCGCUCCGCACAGGCAGCCGCUAGGCCCGCCCGCCCCGGCCCCGUCCACAAUGCUGGCUCUGUGCCCCGACUGCAACCCGCCCAAGAUCACUUCCAGACUCGGCAUCGCCCCUUGCAUCGGCUUCUCGGCACCCCUUCGAGACCCUACGGCCGCGCGACGGUGCCGACAGAGUCUCCUUUUGAGCAGCGCCAUAACCCGAACGAGACCCCCGCGGGCCAACCCGAUACGCGGCCGUCCAAGAAGAGGAGAUGUGAUGACAUUCCUCCGAGCAAGAUGGGAUAUGCUCAGAGCUUGUUCGGCGCGCCGCUGAUCCUCUCAGGGGCACCCAUGAGCUCCGCCUCCGGUCCUCCCGCCCGGCGCCCGGCGGCUCCUAUCGUUCGGCCAAGACCCGAGACGCCAUCAUCGCAGGAAGAGCUCUUCGUAAACCAGGAUCAAGAGCCUACGCCGGCCCCUCUACAAGUAUCCAACUACAUUGGCGCACUCCAGGACUCGGCAGAAGUGGCCCCAACUGCGGGUCACCUGCGAAUACACCCAAGACGCCCUAUAGACCCUCCACUAAUUAGUCGGCCGCCUCCCAAAGCCGCGACAGAAGUUCUGGAUCGUUCACCCCCAGAAACGCUAGUUGCAGCGAGAUGGACAGAGGGCAACGGGAAAGGGAAGGCUGACUCACAUACUGAUCACUCGAGCGGGUUGGACACCAAUCUCAGCACCAGCACCAAGAUAAUACGACCAUCCAGAAGCGACGAAACCACGCCGAAUCUGCCAAAGAAACACACUAUGGCUUCCUCCCGAGACCAACUAGCCCAAAACGGCCUCUCUGCUGAGAGGGUCCUUCCUAGAAAAACCAAGCUAGACGAGGUUAUCAUUCUCGACGAAGACACGGAUGACGGACCUACAGAUCAAGAGCCUGUUAUGCGGGGAGUCACGGGCUCAAAGCGCGGUGCCCCUGACGUCGAAAAUCAACGCCAAGCAAAACGCAAGAAGGUCUCUUCAGCGGCCCUCUCCCUGCCGCUUAUCGAGAAGCCCAUUGAAAUGGUGCCCGUCGAACAUGUAGGGGCAAGGAGUGGGGAGGAAUCAGCGCCAAAGGAACCCAGGACCGAGCUGCGGCUGAAGUCGCGACAGAAACGCGGCUUAUUGAUGGUUUCUGAACUGGCAAGCAAGCCUAAACGGGUCAAGGCACAAAAACAAGCAGCUAGGAAGAAGACCAACCGAAAGUCUCCUGAAGAAGCCCUGGAAGAAUCUUUGGAAGAUCCAGCUCAGGAUAUUGCCAUGGAUCGUGUGUCCGAGGACGACAUUGCACAGCAAAAGCCGUUCCCUGCUUCGGACGACUUUGAUGACCCAUUUACCUACACUCCUAUAGUUCCCAAAAUUUCGAGACAGCCAGACGUACCUCAGCCUAUACAGAAACCGCAGAGGACGCCCCAAGCAUCACCCGGUAUGGAUCCUAGCGAUGAUGGGCACUUCACAUUCAAUAUUAGUCCUCGGAGAUCGGAUCAACUUGGUGGGCCGACCACCGGUCAGACAAAACUUGCCAAGUCCGUCUAUGAUCUUUUAGCAACCUCCGACGAUGAAAUUACCAACCACUCUCCCUCGCCGCCAAGGAACAAGAAGCGACUGUUAUCAAGGAAUGACGCCAAGGCUGCGAAAUCGGCACAGGGCGAAGGCCCGAAAAAGGCACCCAAGAGUGCAAGGGCUGGGAAGGCUAAGAAUACCGGCCUCGACUUGAGUAGUUCCCCAGAACAGCAACCCUCCCCUCAGACAAGAAGGCAGGCUCGAAAUACGAGGAGACUGGAAGAGACAUCUCUCAAUGCUACGAAAAGAAACAGGCAAUGCUCGGAACCACAGGAGAGCACCGAUGAAGAGAUGCCUCAAGUCCCGGUUGGCCCACGAUUUGCCAGACUCGGGAGCAGAAGUGUUAAGAGCAAGGAAGUAAUAGGUUACGUGGUGGCCGUGCCACCAGUAACAUCCACCUAUAAUGCCCUGAACUCAAGACAAGGUUCACUGGUCGACUAUCGUCCUGCACCGGUCGAAGAUCAUCCUGAGCCGGCGAUAGACGAUGGAAAGGAGGUUACGAAUGACAAGGAUGACGCUACCUCCGGGGCAGUACACAAACCGAUACAGACACUCCAGAAAACGGCAAGGGAAAGGAGUAAGCCACCAUCUUUUCCAACGACUAUCAUAGGUGCCCCUUCUCUUCAACGGCACAAUUCUCUUCCGGAGAGCAGACAGAACCAAGAUGCGAGAGACGGGGAUAACACAGCGCCGUCUGUGGACAUACGCCUGAGCCGCUCUGGACUAGUACGUCACAGGUCAGCAGUUGCCACUACAAGAAGUAGCAGUGAUGAAAGUGUCUUUACGCCGGCAGUCAAUGCCGGCCCACCAGUUUCCGGCUUGCGGGACGUCGACCCGACAGAGGAGGCGGUCUCGACGAUGGCACCAAGUCCACGCCCUGGGGAUCGCCAGAAUAUGGAUUCCGCGGGAGAGGGUGACUCGCAGUCACGGUUACACAAACCCUCCAAUUAUCCCGAAUCCCGACAGCAACCAAUGAAUCGGGAGCGCGAAGUUGGAGAAACCUCAGCCGCAGCAGAUAGGCCCAUCAGCGUGCCCCCGGGUAUUCCGGCUGCUACAACAGCUGCAACCACCACAACUGCUGCCCCCAUUCCACGCCUGAAUAGGAUAACUAAUCCCGCCACUCGAGGCCGCAAAGCCGCGCUCAAAUCUCAUAAGGCUGGUCAGACACCCCAAUCAUUCCUGCCACCCGAGGUUACUGUACCGGCUGGGCGCGUGGUGAUUGUGCGGGUGUCUGAGACAGUGCGGCCUGAGACUGUUCCCGCCGUCAGCGAGCGCCCAAAGAAGAAGAUGACGUUCCCCGGGUUUGCCUCCGCAGCAACAAAGGGCGGUGGCCCAUGGAGCAGGGAGGCGCACGACCUUCUCAACAUGGAGCGGCCCUGCUAAUGUUACAGCCUCAGCUUGGCAAGCGAACUCGACAACCCGAUCGAGGGAGGGGGGGUCCGAAGGGCUAUGCACGUAUACCUUUAAAUUAAUGAGGAUUUUAUAGGGCGUUCACGAGGCGUCUCAAUUGGGAUAUAAGAGUCGAUACACGAAAAAUGGGCCACAGGGAGCACUGCCAGGGUGGGUACUCGGUUAGCCAUUAAGCUGGGUCUAUCGUGGCAUUCAUUGCUUUUGCAUGUCCCAAGGAGGAUAUGCAUGCUACCUAGAGUAUAUUGCUAUUGCUUGCCUAUCUUAGAGGCCUUACCUAGUAGUUUGUCUUUUACGCUAUCUAGCUACCUAGGAGACGUAGCUUGCUGGACAAAGUAGAGAAGACAAAGCGUGUCAGAGAAUAUAUUAUUUACCAUGUG